AUGACUCUACGCUACUGCCUUUCUUCAUCAUCAGUUUUGAGUCGGGCGCUCAGAAAGUCUGCUUUUACCAGUGCUUCUGGAUUGCGAUUUAGGUCGUCUUCAUAUAAUAGGGACGGUUACUUACUGCCCAGAAUGAAUCUAUCAACUACUACUACUACCGCCACUUCUCUACAACGGUCACUUCAGGGUGAUGCCCCCAUGGCAACGUCUACAAAUAUCCAUCUCUCCCCUGAACAUGAUCAUGGGAUCGUCUCUCAUAAUUUGAGCGAGGAGUCAGCGCGCGUGGCGAGUGAGGUUCUCCAGGAGGAUAUGCGGUCCCAUCAUGUGUUCUUUAAUCAGAGUGGGUUUCAUAACCACAUCCCCCACCACGUCCUAAGUCUAUAUGCCCUCGGUGCAACUCCGGAACAAAUCCGCGCCGCAUAUGACAAAAAUAGCAGCUAUCAGCGGCCCAAGAUGCCCGUGGAUGAGGAUGUGGUGAGUCAGAUGGGAAAGGCUGAAGGGUUCUUGAAGUAUCUGGGACAGGAGAAGCAUUAUAGUAAUUAUCUGGAGUUUUUUCAACGUCAGAUGAAGGAGAAGGGUGAGGAGAGGGUGUUGGGGGAGUAUCUUUUCUCGGAUUCCGGUGGUGAGGUGGCUGAGUUGAUGUUGGGGAGGUUGUUUGGAGGCUUGAUCCAUCCAUUUAUUCAUUUCGGAUUCGGUCUCGAGUUCAACCAGCCUGCUAUUGUAGCUGAAGGGCUGGCGCAGACGGCUGUUCAUGAGGACUGGUACGGUCCGUUGUUCUUCUGGCCCGUGGAAAAAGCAGCCGGGGGUAUGGCCAAGCAUGGGAAGAAGUCCAUGCUGCAGAUUCUGGAGGAGAUUCGGGCUGAUGAGAAGCUGGCGCGGUCUGCGCAGUAUGAUGAUGGCCAGCGGAUGAGGAAUGGGGUGCUGAAAAGGGCUCCCGAUGAGAUGAUUAAGUAUGCGGCGGAGUUUACGGUCUCAGUGGAUCAGGUGGAGGAGAAGACAGCAGAAAUUAUCAAUACUGUUGCAUACUUCACCAGUGCCGCACAGCGCCCUGAUAAGCAGAUCAAGUUCGAUUUCUUCUACAUCCACGGCGUCAACUCCACUAUCUUCCUGUCCAAGAUUAUCCGGUUGCCGUAUCUGGAUGACGUGACUAAAGCACGAAUUCUAGAGUGGACGGGGCGCCUGGAUCUGUUGCUCUAUGUUGCGUACGGAGCGGCAGAUCUGCAUCUAGAUGAGAUUACAAAAUAUCCGGCAGCGAAGAGCUGGGAGGAGAUCUAUUCUUAUUGCAACGGCCAGUCAAGUGAUGAUGGACAUCUGCCCAAGUUGGUGCGAGCCUUGAAGAAUGGUGAGAGGGCAUGCCGGCCUUUUGAAGACCGGGCCGAGGAGCUAGGGCUGAAGAUUAAGGGAGAUAUGUGGCUGAAGAUUGCGAAUAUGGUGAUGGAUUCGACUGGCCAGGAUCCCCAGUGGGUCCGCGGAGCGGGUUUUGAUGAGGCGUGGAAGAACCUGGAGGAACGUCGAUCUCGGCUGUAA